AUGAUCACGGUCUAUGUCAAUGACCGUCUGGGAACGCGCGCAGCGAUACCCUGUCUCGCAUCGGAUCCGAUCAAGCUCUUUAAGGCACAGGUUGCAGCUCGUGUGGGCCGAACCUCUCAGGAGAUUCUCUUGAAACGCCAGGGCGAGCGUCCUUUUAAAGACUUCCUUACACUUGCUGAUUACAGUGUUUCAAAUGGGGCUCAGCUUGACUUGGAGGUUGGCACAGGUGAUUGA